UGCUAAUGAGCAGAGAGAGAGAGAUCCGUCCACAGCCCCGUGCCUGUGUAUACACAGUGUGCUGAUGAUACAUUGUAUACAUUGACACAAAGUGACAGCUGAUGUGUGUGUGUGUUCACCCGCUCCCCUUUAUUGCAUCCAUCUGCCCACACCAUCCCAGCCAUGCCCCAGGAGCUCCCGAUCUGUGCCCAAGUUGUGCCAGCAUCCAUCUGUCCUCCACCCACACCGAUCCCUCCCUCCUGGGCAUCCCGAUAGAAGCAGAUCACAUCGGGGAAGAUACCUGUCUGCCUGUGUAGCAGCACCCGAUGUGGGCUGCCAUCCUCUCCCACCCCAGCGCCCUCCUUACAACCUGGCACUUUUAGCUCUCCUCCUCCUCCCCUCCAUCCUCCACCCCCAUCAGCCGUCUCCAAGCUGCAUCUAUGGGCACUGCGAGGUGAUCCUAGCAGGCGCGUAUACUAACUAGGAUCCAGCGGGAAACACUUUUACAGACUACUUCAAUUAUAAGUCUCCGUUUUGAAUCAUGGAUUGUCAUUUAUAAGGAUAUAUUAUAUGAAAAUUCGAUCCAAGAUAACAAAAAAUUGGAGGGUCUUGGAAGGUUUCUUUUUGUCACUAAACUGGUUGCCCCCGUGAUACAAAAACAACAAGGCGCAUUGACAGCGGAGGGUAUAUAAUGUGACCUGCCCCCUACAUUUUUUUUAUUUUUGCUGAUACAUCCUGAAGUUGUGAAUUCUAGUGGAAACGUAGAAGCACGUGAUGCGUUCUGUGUGGAGCAAAUAAUCAAACAGGCAAACUGGGGCUUGGAAAAAAUCGAUGUGAAACCGGCUCUUGCAUGUUCAGCGGAGGGACAUUUGGAUUUUCAGAUGGUGGGUGUUAUAUGGGAGACUGGCAGGAUGGCCGAGCACAUGGAUAUGGUGUAUGCAAGGGUCCAACGAGGCAAGGUGAAUACAGUGGACUGUGGAGCCAUGGGUUUGAGUCUUUGGGAGUUUACACCUGGCCUAGUGGAAACACAUAUCGUGGCUACUGGGACCAAGGCAAGAAGAAUGGCCUGGGAGAAGAACAUAAAGGACGGUGGCUGUAUCGGGGUGAAUGGACACAUGGACUUAAGGGAAGGUUGGGUGUGAGAGAAAGUCUUUCUGGAGCACGAUAUGAAGGACUGUGGACAGAUGGUCAGCAAGAUGGUUAUGGCAUAGAGACGUACUCAGAUGGAGGUACAUAUCAAGGCCAGUGGCAAACCGGUAAGCGUCAUGGAUAUGGGGUACGUCAGAGCGUCCCAUAUCAUCAAGCUGCACUUCUCCGUUCUCCCCGAACACCAACCCUCACUUCUUUGCCUAACUCCCCUGAUGCCCACACCAAUACAGCCCCAGAACUACUUCCAGGAAGCCCUGCCUCUGGAUCCCGUGGCGGUUUUGUUUUGAAAGUUCGAGGAGUUGGCACUGAAUCCACUGGUCCUGGCAGCAGUGGCAAGCCUAAAAAGAGAGGGUUUUUCUUCCCACGUUCACUUAUACUCAGUGGGUUCCGAUUACAUCGUGGAUCAGAAACCAAAGCCCCCACUAGUGGCCGGGACAGCCAGCGCAGUUCUUUGAGAAGUGAAACUCGGGGGGCUGGCGGCUCUCUGGGAUCCAAUGCCAGUCAAGAUGGAUCCAGUGCUAGUGUAGCAGAAACAGAGUCCGAGCUGCCAAUUGCUGCCUGGGAAACAGAGACUUAUGCUGGCGAGUGGAAGAGUGAUCGCCGCAGUGGGUAUGGGGUAAGCCGUAGAUCAAAUGGGCUUAGCUAUGAAGGGGAAUGGCUGAGAAAUCGACGGCAUGGUUAUGGUAGAACCACCUAUCCUGACGGGUCACGAGAAGAAGGAAAGUACAAGAUGAACAUGUUGGCCAGUGGUAAAGUGAAGAGUCUGUUCCCAUUGCGCAGGGGUAAAGGGAGGGAGAAGGUGGAGAGAGCAGUGGAGGCUGCGAGAAGAGCAGAAGCAACUGCCAGACAGAAACAGGACAUGGCAAUAGCCAGUGCUGCUGAUGCCCGUCUUCAAGCUGAAGCUGCCUCUGUAGCUGCCCAGCAGGCACUGGAGGCAUCUCGAGCCGCUCGAAUCCUCUCAAAUGACCUGGAAGAACUGCUGGAGACACCAAGCUCGAAUUGUGUGCAAGAAGAAGAGGAGCAAAUUGCUGAGAGUGAAAUUCCCUGGCUUAGACAGUGCCCCAAUGAAAUUUGUCAUGAUGAGACCCCUCUAGACCAAACCCCAGACCCAAGCCUGCCUCCCAGCCAUCCUGACACACCCCCAGCCCUUUCAUGCUGCCAUUUGCGAGAUGGGACUCCAUGCCCCCCUAUCCAGGAAGAGGAUAUUCCUUCUGUGGAAACCCCCACACAUGUGCCAGACCACUCAGAGGAACAAAUACCCAUUGAAUCCACCCUGGAAAAAGGACUAAAUAACUCUUCACCCAGCAUAGAGUGUGUGGAAGAACCUGUGGAUGCAGGGGGGACACAAGAGUCCCCCCUUAAAUCACGUAUGCAAAGGGAUGCUGAUCCUCUUGUGGUGGCUGCCGUGCUGUUUCUCGAUGUUUCGCUUGCAUUCCUCAUCUCGUAUUUUUUGACAUGAGAUGAAAAAGUGUUCCUUUUUAACUUUCUCACACUGUCUCUUCUAUCUGUCUCUCCUUCUCUACCUCUCUACCCCUAAUGUUUACAUAAAAAGGGCUUUACUCUCUCCUUCUUCCUCUUGUCUCUUAUUGUCUCCCUUGGUCUUGCACAGUCACGCUCUCCCCAUCUCCCUCUUUUUACUGGCUGCACACUUUACAGUCUGUCAUUAAUCUGUUGCUCCUUUAAUGCCAUCUUUUAAAUGGCCGUUAAAUUAAAGUUGCACGUUGUGCAGAGCUAGAUUAUUGGGGGUUAGGCUAAAUAAGCAGACUGUGGUGUAGUUCAUUCAGCAUGAUCGGCCAAUGAAUGCACAAGAUGCCAAUGCUCAUCAUGCAAUGUAACGUUCUAUCCUCCUCUAGCAGAUUUUCAUUGUGCAGGAUAGGGACGCACAAGCAGGGCCGCUGUUAGAAAUCAUGGGGCCCUGUACAGCUUACUCGAUGGGACCCCCCUUAACCCCUCCAUCAACCCCACCCCAGGCUCCUCCCAUGACACCACCUCUGCAGAUUUGUCACCAUUUACAUAUGCGCGCACGUUCAUGAUUGUGCAUGAGUACAGGGGGACAGAGGCGGUUUAAAAAUGUUUUCAAUUUUAUUACAAUUUUUUUUUACACUGUAUCCUUAAUUUCUUUUGUAUCUCUUUUAUUGCUAUCAGAAGGGAUGAACAACAUCCCUUCUGAUAGCAUGGGGCAGUGACAGGUGCUCUAUAUGGGGCGAUCUGGGGUCUAUUCGACCCCAGAUCUCACCUCUGGCCUUCUAAGUAGCUGAUCAAACCAAGUUUGAUUUGAUCAGAUGCUUGUUUGAGCCGGUAAUGGCUUGUUUACAUGAGACUGAAAUUAGAAGUGAUUAAAUCCUUGUCGCUUCCGGUUUCUGACAUCACACAAUAGGAGGAACAACAUCAGUUCCUCUCACUGUGUCCCAGGAACUGGAUGUUGCUGCUCACAUACUUAAUGGGGCCCCUCAUUGCACGGGAGAGCCCAGCAAAGGUGGUGCCU